AUGCCCAACUCCCCAGAGGCACUUCUGGGAAGAGAUUUGUUGGAACAAUUGGGUGCAAAAAUUACAUUUGAAAAAGGAGAAAUUACUCUGGAGGUGAAGGAUCGACAAUAUAUCCAGGUACUGAGUCUAUUUCUAACCAGUUCCCCCACAGAAGGAAAAACUCCCGAGGAGGUCCUAAACUGGGUAUACCCUCGGGUGUGGGCCACUGAUGUGCCUGGAAGAGCAAAGAAUGCUCCACCCAUUGAAUUUAGACUCAAAGAAGGCUGGCAACUGGUAAGGGUUAAGCAAUAUCCGCUAAAACAGGAAGAUAAAGAAGGAAUCUGGCCAGUGAUAGAAAAAUUUUCACAAUUAGGAUUAUUGAAAGAGUGCAAGUCGGAUUUUAACACCCCUGUACUACCUGUCCGUAAACCUGACGUGUCGUACCGCGUGGUCCAGGACUUUUGAGCUGUAAACAAAAUAACAGAGGACCUCUACCCGGUAGUAGCAAACCCAUAUACUUUGUUGACCGUAUUGGCUCCCAAACUAACCUGGUUUACUGUUUUAGAUCUGAAAGAUGCCUUCUUUUGCCUCCCUCUCCAUGAAGCCAGUCAGAAAUUACUUGCAUUUGAAUGGGAAAACCCCAAAAGUGGUCGAAAAACUCAGCUCACUUGGACGGUGCUGCCACAAGGAUUUAAGAACAGUCCUACCAUCUUCGGCAAUAAACUCGCAAAAGACUUGGAAUCCUGGGAAAUCCCGUCUGAAGAAGGGAGAUUAUUACAGUAUGUGGAUGACAUUCUGACUGCCACCAAAACAGAGGACGGUUGUGUGACCUGGACGAAGCAGGGGAUUGCUCUGGGGAUACUAGCACAAGAUCUGGGUCCAUAUCGACGAGCAGUUGCCUAUUUCUGCAAACAAUUGGAUGCAACUGCAAAGGGUUGGCCUGGAUCCCUGCGAGCGGUUGCAGCUGUAAUAUUAAACGUACAGGAAGCCCGAAAAUUUACCUUGGGCCAGAAAAUGACUGUCUUGGUGUCCCAUAUGGUAUCCACAGUAUUGGAGGCAAAAGGAGGACACUGGCUUUCUCCACAAAGAUUCCUGAGAUAUCAGGCCAUACUAGUAGAACAGGAUGAUGUGGAGAUCAUAGUUACUAACAUUGUCAAUCCAGCUUCCUUUCUCAGUGGAAACACUGGAGAACUGGUGCAUCAAGACUGCUUGGAGACCAUUGAAGCAACCUAUGCGAGUCGCCCGGAUCUGAGAGACAGCCCUAUGGAAAAUGGGGAAAACUGGUUCACAGAUGGAAGCAGCUGUGUCCUGAGUGGUAAGAGACAUGCGGGGUACGCUAUUACCACCAGUCAAGAAAUCAUAGAGUCAGGACCUUUGCCCAUAAACACCUCUGCACAGAAGGCAGAAAUAAUUGCUUUAACCCGUGCCUUGGAAUUGGCCCAAGGCAAAGUUGUGAAUAUAUACACAGACUCGAAGUCUGCCUUCAGAGUUGUGCAUGCACAUGGAGCAAUCUGGAAGGAAAGAGGAUUAUUGAACUCUCAAGGGAAAAACAUCAAACAUGCAGACGAAAUUUUGAAACUGCUGGAGACAGUUCAGCUCCCUGAGAAUGUGGCAGUCAUGCAUAUUAAGGUGCACCAGAAAGUGAGCUCAGAAUUGGUAAAAGGAAACGAGCUGUCGGACAGAGAGGUAAAACAAGUAGCCAAAACAGAGGGACAGGAGGGUGCAGCUUUGACUUUUGGGACUGUAACCUCCCUGACGGACAUUGGUACCUCUGUGGAAAUGGGAAAGCAUAUAAAAGCUUACCUGCUGAUUGGUGGGGAGAAUGCACAGAGGGGAUACUGGUUCCGCAAAUGUUUUCUGUAA